GCAUUAAACCAUUUUUGAGUGAGAGUUUCUGUAGUCAAUUUCACUCUAAAGUGUGAACUCGUACUCAGUUUCUUUAAGGGAUUGAGCAAAAGGAGCUUCGUUCACACUGAUCCUCCUGAGGAGUGUUAAGCCUCAAAGCGUGGCUCAGACAACACUUCAAACAAGGAAAGAAAGAUUGCGAAAUUGCAGAAUGAGUAGGUCUGAUGAGGCCAUUGAGGCUGGGGCAGUACACAUAAGAUCAAGCAACUCUGAGAUUGCUCACCACAAAGGGGCAACUCGAUCAUUAGAGCAAAUGAACAUUGGCUGCUCAGCAGAAAAGAAGAAAUCUCUUCGAGUUCGCUAUUUUUAUGGCAUUAUCUUCUUAAUAAUAAAUCUUAUUGCUUGGUUCAUUCGUGACUAUGGGCAAAAAAUUUUACCCCAACUUAAUGAUCUAAAAUCUUGCGGAGCUGAAGGUCAUGAAUGCUUCCAUACACUAGGAGUUCUCCGUGUGAGUUUAGGAUGUUUUAUAUUUUUCUUCCUAAUGUGUCUCUGUACAUGUUAUACACAAAAAUUAUAUGAAGCUCGCAGUAAAUGGCAUACAGGAUGGUGGACAUUGAAGUUUAUCCUUUUGAUCACAUGCUUAGCAGUUCCAUUUUUCUUCCAUUCAGAUUAUAUCCACUUAUAUGGUGAACUUGCUCGUGUCGGUGCUGGGAUUUUUCUCAUUCUCCAGCUUGUCAGUGUGAUUGAGUUCAUUGCAUGGUGGAAUAACUACUGGAUGCCUGAUCAGGAAAGGGAACACAGCUGCUCCCUUGGAUUAUUCAUGUCAACAGUCUUUUACAGUGCUUCUGUAAUGGGAAUUGUGUUAAUGUACUACUUAUAUGCCUCAAAACUGGCAUGUUCUCUCAACAUAUUCUUCAUUACAUGGACUGCAGUUCUUCUCAUAGUGAUGAUGGCUAUAUCAUUACACUCAAUGGUCAAUAGGGGUCUAUUAUCUUCAGGAAUCAUGGCAGCUUACCUUGUUUUCCUCUGCUGGUCUGCUAUUAGAAGUGAACCAGCUAAUGAGAAAUGUAAUGUACAAAAGCAAGUGAAUGGGAAUGGAGAUUGGACCACAAUGCUGGGCUUCCUGAUUGCCAUAUGUGCCAUUGUCAUGGCAACCUUUUCUACUGGAAUUGAUUCACAAUCAUUUCAGUUUUGCAAAGAUAAAGUUCGCCUCGAGGAUGACAUUCCAUAUAAGUAUGGAUUUUUCCACCUGAUAUUCUCUUUGGGAGCCAUGUACUUUGCAAUGCUAUUCAUAAGCUGGAAUCUUGAAAAUUCAGCAAGAAAAUGGAGUAUAGAUGUUGGCUGGGCAAGUACAUGGGUGAAGGUCUUGAACGAGUGGUUUGCAGCGACUAUAUACUUAUGGAAGUUGAUUUCCCCUGUUGUAAGACAACCCAAAGUCAUGGAUCAUCAAGAGCUUAUGCAGCAGAGAGAAGACUCAGUCCAGCCAUGAUUUAAUUGAUAAUCUCAGUUAUUCACUUGUAUUUUGACUGUUCUUUCUCUAUAUUUUACUGUCCAUUUUUCAUUGUGUAUUAUUCAAGAUUCAAGCGAUUGUAUACUAACAAACAAAAUAAUGAAUUUUUCCAAUUGAGAAUGAAAUUUCUUCUAUU